AUGAGCAACCAAGGAUCUAAUGGGUUUCAGAACUCAUCUAAAAGCAAGAAAGAUAAGUAUGCUCAAGGACAAGAUGUUGAUAAUGGUGUGCUGAUUAAAUUAGAAAGUAUUGUAUCUCAGUUGGAGGCAGAUGGAGAUUCUAAAAACUUUCAACCAUUAGUGGAAUUUUCUCAGAAGGGUUUUAUGUCCCAAGCUGUCCAAGGUUGGUCUUACUAUGCCCAAGUUAAUAACCAUGCAAAAUUUUCUCAAAGCACUAGAACAUUAGCUAAGGUACUUCAACUAUUAAGUAGUGACGCUAACGUUUGUGAAUACGGUAGCGUAGUUAUUAGGUCCAUCUUAACCAAUUAUUCAAAAGUUUUGUACAGAGGUUUGAAUAAUUUAAGAGCGUCACUGACAAAUCCUAUGCUGUUUUUGAUGAAAGAAAUGGUAACCUUCAACUCCAAUCAACAUUUAGAGGAAUUUAUAGCAUACUUCGAUUUUUCAUUACCUGUAAUUCCAAAAAUUUUAACUCCAAGUAAGGCUGAAUUGGAAGCUACUUCUGAUGCUCCAAGAGGAAAAUUCCACUCUAUGAGAAGGACAUUCAUUGAUUUAUGGUUGAUUCUUAUUUCUGGGUGUCCAUCUUUAUUAAGAAAAGACUUAUUAAUUGAUAAUUUUAAGAUUAUGGGAGCUUGGUUCAAGUACAUGGACAAGAUUGAUGAUGUAGAAAUUAUGGGACGCACAUUGGAUGUAUUCAUAAGUUAUAUCUUGGAAGAAAAAUCAUUCAAAAGGAUGACAAAGACAAAAGUGUUGAAUGAAUUGGCUUUAGAUAAGAUACAAUCUUUUUUCUACUCGCAGGAUAAGGAUCUUGUUAAAAAGACAAAUAGAUUUUUCAUACUUUAUGCCUGUAAUCCCGAAACGUCUGUCGCAUUUCAUGAUAAUUCUGUAUGGUUUGCAGAGUCGCCAUUUGGUAGUAAAGUAGAUGGUGUUGAAAUCACAGUGUAUCAAAAGAAAUUCAAAAUAUUUAACAAAUUGUUGUUCAACAUAUUAAAGAACUUCAAGCCAUGGGAAGACGAUUUACAAUGUUCAACAGUAAUAAGAAUUUUGGAAAGUGUACCAGAAUUAAUUCCACCAUAUUGUACUAUGUUGGCAGGCCAGAGUAAUCAUGAUCCAAGAAUGACAUCUUAUUGGUUUGGUACCACAUUAUUACUAUGUAGAAUAAUAAAUUUGAAAAUCCCGAGUUUUAUGGAAAAUAUUCAAACAGAUUCACUGCCAUCUGUUUCAUUAGUAAUUGAAAAUAUUAUCCCAUCGUUGAUAACUAAAGGUUCGUUGACAAAGGCUUUCCAACAUGAAUCACCGCUAAUAAGACAAAUGGCUUGUCAAAUGUUAAUAUUUUCCUUUAAGAAAUUUGAAAAAGUGUUAGAUCUAUAUAAUGUGAAAGGAUGGCAAUCCGGCAGAGUAGGUAUUACCAAUGCUUUCCAUUCAUCUAUCCCUGAGCUUUCAGUUAUUGUAACUGCAUUAAAUCAGGUUUACACUAAUAAUAAAGAAAACAGAGUCCUAUCACUAUCCCUUACAGAAAUUCUAAAACAUUAUAGCACACAAUUUUCAAAUUUCUUUAGUAUUAACCUGCCAUCAACGAAUAUUUACACCGACCUAAUGAAGAGUGAUACUCUUGAUGGUAUGGAUUUAGCUAUUUUAGAUGGUUUUUUACAAUUCCAAGAAUAUAACGGUAUGCAAGCAAAAUGGUGGAAUUCCUCAUCAACUUCAAAUUCUUUAUUCACUUCCUUAUUAAGACUAGCAUCUUCUAAUAACUUCAGUAGUGCAGUUUCAGUCAAGAUCUCUAAAUUGUUAGAUGGCUUACUUUAUGGUACAAUUAUUUUCAAUAAGCAUUUCGCAUCAUCAAUGACUGCAUUAAUAAAUAGUUUGCAAAUGGUUUCAGUGGAUGCCGAAUUAUGGAAUAGUAACGUUAUAUGGAAACUGUUGGAUGAAACGAUUUCAAGAUGUAUUCGCACACCAUAUAAAUACGUUGAUCAGUCAGCAAAUUACGAUAAUAUUUCGCCAUUUAUCAUUACAUUGAUGGAACAAUGGAAGUUUAUACAAGAAAAUGAUAUGACUGAAAAUACGAUGAAAUGGUUAUGUGUCUUCUUAAGAUACAUGAUAUUUUUAGGUGAAUCUGAAAAGGGUAUAAACUCUAUAUUUAAUGAAAAUACAAGUGAAAAGAUGAAAACUUUCACUAAAAUUUACUUAAAUUUUGAUAACUACAAUGAAACCAUAAAAAUAAUAAAUGAAGAAAAAUAUUUAUUAUCAAAAAGAAUUGAAUCUUCAUUUGCUGACUUUAUUAUGAUUGUUCCAUUUCAAAAGAUGUCUAAGUUUACUCGUUUGCCAACUAGUAACUUCGAUAUACUUGCAUUGGUCUAUAGAAUUAAUCUAUUGAUUAAAGAAGACGCAAUUAAAUUUGACAAUAACUUUAAAGUAACAAUUGAAAAUUUGGUAGAAAAGCUACUAAAUUAUUGUAGUUCAAGCUCUGACUUGAAUUUAUCGAAUAUCGAAUUUUUAGAUUUCCUAUUUUCAAUUGUGGAUGACAACUUAUCAAAUACUCAGUCAAAAGAAAAAUUCAUAUUCUUUGCAACAUAUUUCCUGAAAUAUGUUUUAAAACUGAUUCCAGCUACUACGUCAUUGGAAGAAUUCGGUUUUAACCUGCUACAAAUUGUUCGUAAAAACAUUGAAGAUGACAUUGAAGGUCGUGACGUUCUAUUUUGUACUUUGUUCAUGUAUAUUGACGAAAGUUCUAUAAUGGCGUUGCUAGAAGAAAACUUCACAUUUACAGAAGAUUCUCUAGCUGUCGUGUUGCAAAGGUUACUAUCUAUAGAAUGUUCAAGAAUUCCGUUUAAGAACUUCAUCGAGGUAGUUAAAAAGGGUAUUUCAAAUAUGAGAACUUUAUUGGCAAAGUUUAUCGAGUUAGAAAAAGUGGACAAUUUUGACUCUCUUGAAUUCCUGAUGAGUAUCAUUUCUAGUGAUGAUAACGUUUUAUUGUUAAAGGCUUAUGUUUCAUCAAAGGAUUUUGAAAUUGAUCCUUUAAUCUCAGUCUUAGAUCAAAUCAAGAAAAUGCCAAAAUUAUCUGUAACCAUGGCGGUCGCAACCUCAAAAACUGAAAGUCCCUUAUUGAAAGAUUUCUCUAACGAAUUAAUUCAACAAAUUUCAAGCAAUUUCUGUAAUGACAAUGAUUAUCCUAAGGAAGAUGCAUUGAAACUACUUGUGCAAAACUUUGAGGAACUUUCUGAAGAAAAUUCUGUUAAAAUUGAGAAGUAUUUGAUAUCUUCAUCUACGCAUAAAUACAGCUCUUCAGUGAUAAAAUAUAUUAGUCUAAGAUCCAAUUUCAAUGAUGAAGAGGUUGAAAAAUGGAUGAAUAAGUUAGUAUUGUAUAUUACCAAGAAUUUGUCUGAAAAAGAAGAAUUAUCAAGUAAACUUAUUGAGACUAUUGAAGAGUUCAAAGCAAUUGUUGAAGAAAUUCCAGUUUGGGAAAAGAUUAAUACAAGUAUUUUGAAUACUCAACUAGAAGCUGUGUUAAGUACUAAAUGGAUUACUUCCAAAGUAAUUUUGGAAUAUAUCAUGUUACUUUUAUUUUCUGGUGGUGCAAAGAUUAAAGAGAAUCAAAAAUUCUUACAAUUAGCAUUGAAUAAUGAGUACAAUCUUUUAUUGAAUCCAAUGAAUGAUACAUAUGAAGCAUAUUUAACCGCUUCUUUGAUAUAUACCCUUUAUUCUUCAAACGAGUCUGCUAAUAGUAAUACUUUCAUUCAAGAAAAACUUCUAGAAUUCUAUGGAGGGUCUGUCUCAUUAAAGGACAGAACCUUAUUAAAAAUCAUAGAAAAGAUUGAAGCAAAUACAUCCACUUCUUGGACCAAUUACAUAUAUACCUGGGAUUAUCUGGAAGAAUAUGAUACUGGAUCUAUUGAGAUGAUCGGUGAAGUUAAGCUGAUUACUAAAAAGAGAGAGGGUUUUGUCGUUACGUUGAGGAAAGAUAUGCUAAGAAAAACUAUCGAGAAUUAUGUUUUGGAAAAGCCAAAUAUUCCUGAAGUUAUUGGUAGUUCCACUUCUAAUUUAUGGAAAAACUUCAAAAAUACAUAUGAGUCCUCAAAAAGAUUUGGAAACUGUGCCUCCAUUUACGAUCCAUUGUUCAUUUUACUUCUAAUUCCGCAUAAUGGGGAAUUGGUUCAACAAGUCAAAGUAGAUGAUAAUAUUAGUUAUAAAUUCCAAGUCAAGAGAAUGCUUUCCUCACUAUUAUUUCAAUUAUGUAUUUGCUCACUAUCUGAAGAAGGUAUUGUUGGUAAUAUUGCAUUAAAUUUGAUUACUGAAAUGAUGCACAGUUUGGAAGAUAACGCACAAUUCAAAGAAUCAUUGGCGUUUAAAGUUCUCCUAAAGAGAAUUGUAUUUACACUGAUGGCAAGCAAACAAAAUGAUUCAGAAAACUUCCAUACUCCUCCACCAGUGGUUUGGUUUGCCAUUUCGCGUAUUUGUGAUAUUUUGUCUCAGCCAACCUCUCUGCUUUACGAAAGGGCAUACCGUUGGGCACUAAAUGGACAUAUAAUUCGUUCGAAUGAAAUCCCAUUGCUAAGAGAAAUCAUACAACCACAAUCAGACAGUGUUGUUUACGACAAUUACUACAAACAGUUUACUUGGAUUUUAGAAACAUUAGAUCAAGGUAUCAAAAUUGAAAGAGAUAUUCACCUGUUGAAAUCCAAAGGCAUUUUUGAGUGGAUCUUCAACAUCUCUUCUUCUCCAUACUCUAACGGAAGACUACGUUCGUUGAUCAACUCGAUAAUAUACAAAGUUCAAAGAAUUGACAGUGGUGGUUCUACAUUGUUAACAAGAUAUGGUGCAUUAUCCAAAUUGGAAAUCAAUGGACUUGACCUCUCUGAAAAGGUUGGCGAAGCCAAAAAAGUUCUUGAGAAGAACGAAAAGAAUCGUAAUAACUUGAGGUCUCUGCUUCAGCUACAAGAACAAGAACUGAAUAACAAGGAAUUGUUAGAAGGGUUCAUUGAAAUCGUCGGAUCUCAAAAGAGACUGGCAGAUUGGACUGCAGAUGAUGACACCAAUAUCGCCAAAAGACUACGUACCCAAAAUUUAUAG